CUCUUCUCUCUCUCUCUCUCUCCUCUCUCGAGUUAAUUUCUAGCUCAAACUUAUUACAAAGCAAAGCAAAAAAAAAAAAAAAAAUGGCCAAAAGCAACCUGAAAACGCUGUUCUUGAUAGCGCUCCUCCUCUUCUGCGCCACUCUAACCUAUGCUGUUCGGCCAGAACCAGGAUUUUCAGCAAUAAAUCCUGCCAAAACCCAACAUGGGGUUGUUAAAGCAGAGCAAGUUGAAGCCAGUGAUGAAAUUAGCUGUGAUGGGAUUACGGAAGAAGAAUGCUUAAUGAGAAGAACUUUGGUUGCUCAUACCGACUAUAUCUAUACCCAGAAACAAAAACCAUAAAUUUAGUUUGUUUGUUCUAUAUAUAUAUAUUAUAUAUAUAUAAGCUUUGGGGGUUAUGUAUGUAGUUCUCGUUAGGGAAACAUAGAAGAUUUCUUCGUUACCAGAAUAUAUUCCUAUAAUUAAGUUUGACUCUUUACUGUUUUAUAAUAUUAGAAAGAAUUAUGAUGUCUUCUUCAUUUUCUUUGAUUAAAGUAUAAUCAUAUUUCUAAACAA